AAGCAGAAAAAAAACUGCAGAGAUUGACAAGAAAGAAGUAGUCAGGAGUACUCAGGCUGAACACUCAGAAGUACACAGACUAAACAGGCAGACAAGAACAGAGAGGACAGGUACAGGCGUUCAGACAGAGGAGGAGCUAAUGAGACACAGGUGGAGCAGAUUAGGUCGUCAUUACAGAGGGAAGCGGAGGAACAGGUGGACAAUCAUGGGGUGUGUGUGAGUGUGAGUGUGAGUGGACACAGGAGACAGGCAGUGGAGCGCCAAGAAGACAAACUCAAGGUCGCAGGGACCAGCGAGAAGAGUCGGACAUCCCAGGACCUUAUACAGUGUAUACCGUAGACAGGCAGUGGGUCUUUCUCAUGUUUAAACCUACGACUAAUGUCCAGAGGAUGUAAACACAACAGAAGUGGACGUUGGACGUUGGACGUUGGUUCUGUGGUUCAGUCUACAGACGGUGGCCCCCCUGGCAGGGAAUUUUGGCUGACUUGAAGUGAGAGGUUGAUUCCAUUGAGACUUCUGCAGACACCAGCCGGUGGAAGUAAAGAUGAAGUAAAGAUAAGUGCAGAACUUGGGCCUACGUGGCACGUGGAUGAGGAAGAGUUAUGAACACCCUCACCCAUACGGGCAGGAGUAUCAACACACUUUAGUUGAUCAGUUGACACUGAUCUCUCCUCCACCACUGGAAGAUGGCAGCACAGGCCCACACAGCCGGUGAUCUUCCUUUGGAGGAGCUGCUGGCUCUGUAUGGAUAUACAAUGUCAGAUCCAAAUAAAGACAACUGUAAAAAGGCUACCAGUCUGCCGGGCAUGACACUGGACAAGGAUCAGAUCACUGUGGAUUUAUAUCCUGGGGAGGACGAAUCAGCUGACGGCCUUCCCCCCUCUGUCACCUCAAACACCUCAGAUCUGCUGCGACAACUCCAAGAUGGUGAUAAAGACACAUUAGUCAGCACAUCAGAUGAUGAUUCUGAUGGUACCUCAGUUCCCUCUAAUGAAGAGCACAAGGAGAUCAUGGUUGGUUCAAUGUACCAGGCAAAAAUCCCUCCUCUAAGUCCAUUUCCCUACCAGGAGAAAGGCUGCAGCACUGAGGACCAGUUGCUGUGGAAGCCUGGAGUUCUGCCGGUCCAGGAGGUGGAGGAGUUCUUACUAAGUACAAAACGACCACGUGUUGAGAAGGGAGCCGCACAUACACUGAUGUCGGGGGUAACUGUCCGAGACAACGAACAGGCACUGUAUGAGCUAAUAAAAUGCAACUUUAAUACAGAGGAGGCACUGAGACGAUUCCACUUUAAUGUGAGGGUUUUCAGUGAAGAGUUAUGUUCCUGGAGUGAGGAUGAGUGUAGAAACUUUGAGCACGGCUAUCGGGUGUACGGGAAAAACUUCCACCUUAUUCAGGCUAAUAAGGUACGAACUCGCUCUGUGGGUGAAUGUGUGGAAUAUUACUACAUGUGGAAGAAGUCUGAGCGACACGAGUACUUCACUCAACAGACCACCAGGCUCAGCCGCAAGAAGUACAGCCUGCAAUCAGGGAGCAUGGAGGACGGAGACCAGGACGUGGAGGUUGGGGAGUUGGAAGGAAGCAAGGAUUCCACAGACGUGUUGUCUCACAGCUCUGUGGGCAAACCUGAGCAGCUGGAGUCCAAAUUACCUCAGGACUUGGACAAACCAGACGGUGAGCUGGUGAUGGGGCUGUCAGAGCUGUAUGAAGACCUACGUCCUCAGCAGCUGUUCAGUGGUCCAUUCUCUCUGCAGUCCAAAGAAGACCUGCAGGACCCUGGUCUGGAGACUUGUUGCCCCUCAGCUCCAGACCAGCUCUUGUUUCCUCACUCUGCCCUCCACCCUCAGCUGGUGUGCAGGGGUCCUCAGUGCUGCCAUGAUGACCACUCUCUUCCAGGCUCCUGCUUUUACCAGUUACACAUGCGAGGUGGACCUUUCGUUCCCGAAGACAUGGACUGCACGCCCCCUGCUGGCGCAGGUGGCGGCGCUCACGGGCUACAGGUGGAACUAAGCGUGCCAUCUUUCUCUCCUCCCUCCUCAACAGUCUUCCCUUCACAUUUACAGACCAUUGGCAACAGGCUGCAGCCAUCCACUUCACAGUGAGAUGAAAUGGAAAAUGAAAUGUAAUGCAAUAUUAGAGGUUAGUAUGGAAAUGUACAACUAGCCUGAAAAGCCCAGGAUUGGACGUAAACUGAAGACCGAAGACAGCUGAACCACCCGGGCUAGUCAAUGACCUGUUGACCUGAACAUUCUGUCCAUUAUGAAAGUGUUAAUUCUUGACUGUCCAUCAAACGUUUGAGUUGUUUAUUUAUGACACAACACAACCUGCAACUGUGCAAUGCUGUUGAUUGUUAUCAUGGAAACACAGGUCUGUAGUGACUGCAACAGAAAACCAGUAGCUGUGACUGACGAUAUGAUCAACUGUCUUCUUAUUUAUCAAUACCCACAGGUGUGACUUUUUAAAAUGUCUGAUGUAUACAUUCAAUGUUAUCCUUUCUCAGCUGUCAUUGAUCCUUGCUCACUCCAGCUUUAAAUCUUUGAGAUAGACGUCAAUGUUUUUUGAUGAAUCAAGAGCUUUUCAGAACUUUAUUUAAAAAAUAAAAUGAGACCUGCAAGGAUACACCAAGAAUUUGUAGACCUUUUUAGAUUUUCUUUAUUUUUUUUCACUGUUAAUUUUUUCCAGACUCCCUGUUCUCCUUUUCUAUGGAUUGUAUGAAAUUGUAUACAGUAAAUGUGCAAUGUUCUGUCAUCAUUUUUCCUGUUUAUUUAUAAUAUUUCAUUGCAUGGAAAACAUGUUUAAACUGCAGAUUAGUCUUAGAAUAAAAUAUUCAUGUAAAAUGUC